AUGGGUUCAACAGCUCCUGAGCAAGAAGUCGGGGAUGUGGCAGCGGAGUCCGUCGAGACUCAGGUCUCUGUGCCUGGUCGUCUGAAGUCUGUGUUUCGGUCAAUUCCCUUUCAGAUCGCCAUUGCUAGCGGUGUGUCAUUCACUGCUCCCGGCAUGUGGGAUGCUUUGAACAACCUUGGUGCUGGUGGUGCCGCAGAGCCGUAUGCUGUCUCUGGAGCCAACGCUCUGGUGUAUGGUCUGUUUGCUGUUGUCUGCGUGAUGGCUGGAGCGAUUAAUAACCGCAUUGGUCUUCGAUAUGGCUUGGCGUUGGGGGCUAUCGGUUACCCCAUCUAUGGUGGUGGUCUUUAUGCCAACAGUUAUACCACCACGACAUGGCUGAUGUUCUUUGGAAGUACCCUGUGUGGUAUCUCCGCUGGUUUCUUCUGGGCUGCCGAGGCAGCUAUUAUAAUCGGUUAUCCCAGCCCGAAAGACCGUGCUUUCUAUCUUGCUAUCUGGCAAACCGCAAAGGCUGCUGGCCCUAUUGUGGGUGGCGCAAUAAAUCUUGGCCUCAACGCGGAGAACUCGUCCAAGGGUACCGUCAGCGCCGGAACGUACAUCGUUUUCAUCGUCAUCAUGUGCCUCGGUCUCCCCAUCGCCCUUUUGCUCAGCCCUGCCGAGAAGGUCCAGCGCAAGGAUCAAUCCCUGGUUGUGGUCCACAAGCAGCCCACCUGGGGCGCUGAGUUCAAGGCCGCCCUGUCCUUGUUCAAGACUCGUCGUGUUCUCCUGCUUCUGCCGUCAUUCUUCAUCAGCUACUUCUACAACGGCUUCAUGAGCACCUGGGUUACUGACUACUUCACCGUCCGCGCCCGCGCCUUCAACUCAUUCUUCACCAACUUCGCCGGUGUCGCGUCUUCCUUCCUUAUCGCCGCACUCCUCGAUCGCCAGUCCAUUUUCAUCAAGACCCGUGCCCGCAUUGCGUUCACCUCGAUCGUCGUCAUUCUGACCGGCACCUGGAUCUGGGCCUCGAUCCUCCAGAACGAGUUCUACAGCAUGCCCGAAGCCCCUCUGUUCGACUGGUUCAAGGGCGGUUUCGGUAAGUCCUACGCCCUGGUCUUCUUCUGGCAAUUCGGAGGCCAGGCAUUCCAGCAGUUCCUCUACUGGCUCGUUGGACAGUACAGCACCGAUAUCUCCUCGCUUUCCUACCACACCGGUAUUUUGCGAGGAAUGGAGGCUCUGGGCCAGACCGUCGCUUGGGCCAUGCAGUCGGAGGGCAAUGCCAACCACUUUGUCAGCAUUGGCUUGAAUUUUGGCAUCACUCUUCUUUGCAUUUUCCCCACGUGGCUGGUUCUGUCUGACCUGGAACACAGCCACGAGGUCACUGUCACUGCUGAGGACUUGCAGAAGGAUGGCGACGCCAAGCCGGUAUAA